UUUGUUCAAAUUACACGGUUUUGGGUGAUUUUUUUUAUUUUAUCUGUCCAGGUGCCAGGACUGAACGUCAACGUUUCUGUCUUUUUUUUAACAUUGCGUUGUGCUGUAUUGAUAAUCAGUAGUCAAAGUGUGCACUGUGUGUAUGGCCCCAUUUUGAGCAGUAUGAUAUUGGGUGAUUGAUGUAGCUAAUCGCUGCACAAAUCUUUGCAGUGUGCUAUUACUAUUGCCACCUACUGGGGAGGCUAAUUCAUAACAGUACUCUCUGUUAGCAGAGAAAUGUGUGUAUUGAAUACGUUUGUUGACUUGAUUAAUUUUGUUUUAUUGAGUGCCAUUUAGUUGAUAUCAACUCAGCUGUGUUGGAUUCCCUCAAGGUGGGGGAGGGGGUUGAUUUCAGGGGAUGGAUGAGGCCCCACUUGAAAAUCUUGCUUCAGGCCCCCGUUUGCUUAGAGGCAGCACUGGUGAUGAGUAGCCACAUGGCAACCACUGCCAGAACAUUAGCGUCAACUUUACCCACAGCUACCUCUGUAAUCCUUUUCUCUUCUCCCCUUGCCCAUGUUUGCAGAGCUGCAGCAGGAUAGCCUCAAAGGAAGGAUUUUUGUAGAGUUUGUGUUGCACACCCUACAGUAUAUAACACUUCCUUUAACAACCUAUAGUACAGUGGAGUGGCUGCAAGACUUUUCUAAAUUUCCUCUUAGCGUCAUGUACACCGAGGUAAAAGGAAAUUGUUUAAAUGGUCCAGUGCUGGAUUAUGUUCUGUACCCCUGGGGCUGCAGAACUACAGUCACAGUCACUAUCUAAUUGAUCUAAUCUCAUUUUAAAUAAUAGUUCUUGGCUAAUAGUAUGUUAACAGAAAACCUGAUUAGGUGGUUUAUUCCAAACCACAACUGUAGAGUGCCCUGCAUGUGACCUAAGUGGAAUAAUACAGCCUCAGCCCAGACAAUGAAGAGACACACCUUGGUAAAGCUAGCCUUCACUGUCUUUUCAUAUGUACGGAUAUUAACUCUCAAAUUGCUGAUGAGUCCAAAUGUGGUUUAGACACACUUCCCCUGGAAUUGUUUGACUGCUGCAUCAUUCCUCAGAUGGCAGUGGUGCCUGGCAGGGUGACGGUGACGGUUUAGAGAAGUAAACGCUGGUUAUUAGAGCACGAGACAAAGAAGAAGAACAGCCCUCUAUCAAUUGUUGCAUUCAACAAUUGCUGCAGGGUGAGUUUCUAAUUUUAAGAACUAGUUUAAUGAAAGCUGAAAGACCUGUUCAUCUCACCGCAUGCUUCGAUGUUUGCGUCAUCAAAUUACCUCAUAGAGAACAACGCGGAAAGUUUUACCGGAAAGUUUUAGGCUUUGGACGUUUGGAUUUUUGAAACGGGAUUAUGAGGCAAAACAACAAAGCUUGAGGCUAAUGUUGACUUUUUUUAAAGAAAAAGAUGAGGUUUUGUUUUGUGUACGGUCUCUCAAUCACUGCUGUUCUCCUUGUCAUUGCUUCAUCAGGUGUUGCUGUUAGACUUGUGCAUCAGCAGAUCGCUGACUGUGAGUAUGGAGAAGACUUCACAGACAUGGUCUACUACGUAAAAAACAUAUUCAACAGGAAGUACGACAGUGUUUAUGACUCCCGGAUUGGAAAGUACGUUGGCUACGAUGAAUACGGCGUCAAAAAUGCAGAUCAUUACAACAACCAGGAUUGGAAAAUGCUGUUGAGAAAAGCUGAAGUGGACACUCUUUGCAGAUAUAAUGCAAGACAAUACAGGAUCAGCACCAUUGAUAGAAAAGUGCCUCCAACUGUGAAGGUCCGUCAGACUAAGCAUGCAGACUAUGGGGAGCGGACGAUGUUUGAGUGCAGCGUCUGGAGCUUCUACCCUCAGGCCAUAAAUGUGAGCUGGCUGAUAGACGGAGUUGAGACCGUCACUGAUGUGUCGUCCACAGACGUCCUGCCCAACGAGGACUGGACGUUCCAGCUUCACUCUUACCUGGAGCUGAUAUUGAAGAGAGGCGAGAGGCUGACCUGCAGAGUGGAGCACAGCAGUCUGGUGAAGAGCCUGGAGGUGGACUUUGACACAUUUUCUCUGGAUGCCAAAUAUAUCAAACUGUCAGUCGGGUCAAUCUUCUUCUGCAUUGGCUUCACUGCAGCUGUGGGGGGCGCAGUUUACUACUGGUGGAAACGGAGGUCUGGUUUCAGCCCUGUUGACGGACGAGAACAGACCUCCACCAGUCUUUCAGACUUAUAGAUGAUGGCUGUAAGAACAUUUGACACAAACAGGUUGUAAAAGAUGGCUGUAAGAACAUUUGACACAAACAGGUUGUAAAAGCAGGCAAAUUUUCUGUUUUAGUGUAGACAUUGUAGGUUUAAUCCAGUUAACAACAUGCUUCACAUUAAAAAUAAAUAUUUGGAUUUUAUUUAAAAAGAAA